AUGGCCGGGCCGGGGCGGGUGGCCAUCAAAAGGGUGCCACGGAACCGCAUCUGGCAUUGGAGCGAGCUGCCCGACGGCACCAGCGCUCCCCUGGAGGUUGUGCUGCAGGACAAGGUGUCCACAGGCUUCCCCGGUGUCAUCCAGCUGCUGGAGUGGCUUGAGCUCCCCAGCGACAUUGUGAUGGGGGUCCUGCACCGCGAUAUCAAACCAGAGAACAUCCUGGUUGACCUGGCCACCGGGCAGGCCAAAUUGAUUGACUUUGGCUGUGGCACCUACCUGCAAGAGACAGCCUACACUCACUUUGCAGGAACACCAUCCUACAGCCCCCCGGAAUGGACCCGCUUUGGCUGGUACCAUGGCGAGCCAGCUACCAUCUGGUCCCUGGGCAUCCUGCUGCACGAGAUGGUCUGUGGGAAGAUGCCUUUCAGGAGGGGCUGGAACUUCAGCUGGGGCCUGCUCUCGCUGCCACAACGGCUCUCUCCAGAGUGCCAAAAUCUGAUUGGGUGGUGUUUAUCCAUGCAUCCCUUGGCCAGACCCUCAUUAGAAGAGGUGUUCUGUCAUCCUUGGAUGCAGGAUAUUCAUCUGCCCUAGAAGAAGGGAGAGAGCCACAGGCACACUCAGCUGCAGGGCCCUGGUAAGUUACAGCUGCACACAUGCCUUGGCAAUGAGAAGCAAAGAAAGCCAGCCCGUGUCACUGCACCAGGGUCAUGGGAUGGGAACAUGCAGCCCUUGUGCUGGAG